AUGUUGAAGUUAUAACAAGUCGAAUUAAAAAACUUAAUAUAGAACAGCAAUACCAAGAAGCAGAAACAAACUAUUUUACAGAAAUAAGAAUGGAAGUUAAAAAAGAAAAGAUCAAUGAAAACAUAUCAGUAGAACCAAAUGAAACUUAA